AGAGGGAUCUAUACUACUUGGCUGUCUCUUUGAUGGGCAUAAACUUCCACCACAUGUUGGCAAAUGGACUGCCUUUUCUCCCCCUUUCAGUGUUACUGCAGACCUAGCUAGCAUCUGUUAAAGUCAUGCCUUGUGGUUUAGUUUUCGACAUUCGGAACUGCAAUCGAAGAGCUCGGAGACUGUUGUAGUAGUUCUUGCUUUUGGAGAUUUGCAUUUGCAAGAUGAUCCAAAGCUCAAGAGAAAGAGCUGUGAUCAUCAAUGAAGGCAAGGCUCAGCCGACUUUUUCGCGGGCAGGGUGGACGGCGAUGCUCAAGAACCCGAGGAUCGUGCGUGUCUCCCGAUCAUUUGGGGGCAAGGACCGGCACAGCAAGGUGAGGACUAUCCGCGGGCUGAGGGACCGGCGCGUGCGGCUGUCGGUGCCGACAGCCAUCCAGUUGUAUGACCUCCAAGACAGGCUAGGGCUUAGCCAGCCGAGCAAAGUGGUGGACUGGCUCAUCAACGCUGCUCAGCAUGAGAUCGACAAGCUGCCCCCACUUGAGAUGCUGCAAGGAGAAUAUGACCACGGCCAUGAUCAUCUCUUCCCACUGAUGCCUCAAAUAGCAAACCCUAACACCACUUCAGGUGCAAACUAUCAGGACAUUGAUGAUUCAAGGACCUGCAAAGGGAAGGAAGUGGAAGUGAGGGGAGGGAAUUUGGGUGUAGCAUGGGAGAACAAUGAGUUGACAAACAAUCCCUACUAUCAGUUAGACCCUGCAAAUGGAGGCUACAUACCUAUAACUAUUCUUGCAUCAUACAUGGCUGCUGCAUCAAAUGGUGUUCAGGAAGCAAAGCAGUAUGGCCACUUAUUGGGCACAACAACAGCAUUAUCAUGCCAAGGCAAUGCCUCUCCAAAUGAGGCUUUCAGAACUCUUCAUCAUGAUCAGUAAUUUGUAUUUGUAGCAGUCUUUGAUUUUCAUACAUGAUUUUGAAAGAGAUAGGGAUAUAUAUAUAUAUAUAAUGUGUUUGGAGUGAUGAUCAGUAUGAUGACAAAGUUGAUAUUUAGUACUAAUUAAAGGAAUAAAUGUGAUCAUA